CCCACAAAUCGAGCUUCUCGUUCAAGCCCCCUACAUCAUUCAGUGACAGUCCGCACCUAACAUACCUUGCCUCGAGGCUACCGUUUGAACGCGCGGCAUUCAUGGAUUUUGCCACGGGUGGUGCUUCAGCCUACCACCAGGGGCCUAUAUCUCCCGACUCGUGGAAACGUGCCGUUUACCGGAGUGCUCCUCAGAAUUUUUAUGUUGGCGUACUUACUCCGGAAAAGCAAGGCGGCAGCUACAGCUACGGCCUCCGGAUUUGUCCCUUCAAGGAUGAUAACGCAUCCAUUUCCACCCAUUCGACUUCUUCGAAAGGCUCGCAUUUGGAGUAUGAAAUAUGGCGCAAAUGGGAGGACUGCCUCUGGUUUCAAGACACAAUUGAGGCUGAAUAUACUCUCAUGGCAAGAGAGAAACGUACGCGUCUAGCCGCGGGCAAAGGAGUGAAAAAGGACGGGAUGUACAUCCAGAGUGACCAGGCGGCUUCUUUCGAAUCACUCCCUCCGGGUCCCGAUCCUCAAUCCGUUGCUCGUGACAUUCACCAGUACAUCCCGAAGCUGACGAAGAAGGGAACUCUAUUCCGCGCGAGCCAGGCUACCAUCGAUCAACGGUUCAAGGAAUUUAGUGCCAUGAUAAAUGCCUUUUUUCAGGAUGAACUCCCGACGCUCGUAAAGGAGCUGAUGGCUACGCGAACCUUCACUGAUUUCUUCGGCUAUUGGAGACGUGAUCAUGACCUCGCUCUCAAAACACAGAAAAAUCAGACCCCUCCCGCGAAACCUCGCCGUUCUGUGUCUAGUAGCAUGCUUUCUGCUUAUUUUUAUGCAUCCACUCCGGCACUGGCAGACAUGCCAUCUGUGAAUGGCUCGCACAAGCUGCUCCCCAAACGUGGCUCAGGUACCUCGGACUCAUUGUCCUCGGAGACUUCCCUGCAAGAUCAACCAACCGCGCGGUCACGAAUGAAUAGUCACCCUGCUGGCUUAACGAUAUCCCUGCCGUCACGUAGCUCAAAAUCCACCCUAUCAUCAUCAUCUUCCUCUUCGAACUCUCCAUCUCCUGUCACGCCUCGUCGAUCUGGCCGCACCCCAAUGAUUGUUACGCAUGAAGCUCCGAUGAAAUUUGGACAUAACCCACAGCACACAUCUGACGGCUACGCGUCGGAACGUCAAACGUCGAUUCUCCAAGCUCUCCCAGAGGAUAGAGAGGUUGAGAUUAGCAAAGCCGCAUCUACGGAUUACUCGCAGAUGCGAAGGCGAGCAGGUUCUGCUUCAAGCGAGGCAAUUAGGAAUGGAACGGCUUUUGUCCCCCGUCCAGAGAGUUCUUCCGACUUAUCUGAUGAUGCUGAAUUUCCUUCGGACGUGACGUCCUCUCGACAUGAUAGGUGCUCGUGGUUGUCAACCUCUUCUGUUUCCCAGACCGCAGCCUACCUUGCGGAACUCGGUGUUGACCUUACGCUUCCACACCCCCACCCGGAACGUGCGCACCGCCCACGUGCCUCGAUGUGUAGUAUGGCAUCGUACAGGACUGACGCCUCUGCCGAUGCAAUCAUUCCUCGAUCUGCUCUUUCCCAGUCUUCGGCUCUCCAGCGCCCACCCUCUUCAGGGACUCGACAACACCGUCACUCCAUGCCUUUCCCUGACGAAGAGGAGUGGGUGGAACGUGAACCAUGGGCUAAUGAAUCGGCUUAUGGAGAGGAGGAUCUCCUCGAUACUUAUUUCUCUGACGCGAUAACGCCGGCAUCAUUCGCCAGUUCUCAGACGUCAAGUGAAGAUAGCCACUUCUAUGCACAUCAGUAUCCAAGUUCGACGUACGUCCCGCGACGCGCAUCCAUAACCACAUCCAUAUCCAGCGGAUCAACGGGAUGCAGUGACGGUUCAGCCAUCGCCAUCAAAGCAAUGCACGAGAACAGCAUCAUCAUGCUUCGCAUUCCACGUUCCUUGUCAUUCAUGGAGGUUCGUCAUCGACUCUAUGACAAAUUUGUACGGCAGGAAGGCUUGCCACUGUCGGAAAGCUUUGUCGUGGCGCUCGUUGUUCCCGCUCUAGCGAUUGAGAAAUCUGGAGGACGACCUUACGCUGGCUCGCUGUCUUCUGCGAGCGCUGAUAAUGUGGUACUGCACUUUGUGAAGUCCAACGAUGACUGGGAUCAGGCGAUAUACAAGUAUGGUAACAAGGUUUCUCUUCGUGUUAUCGGCAGCCGUGCAUAGGCUGCUUGACGUAUGUAUGCAUUGCCCUCCAUGCAUUUACCUAUAAUGGGCACUUUCGAUCUUAUGACUUUUUGUAUAGAAUUUCGGGUUUUCGACUUCGUUCCAGCAUACAUCAAUUGUUUCGUUCCAACCAAGUUCCAACUAGCGAUACCUACUGUCCUUCAUCAAUAUUCAAUUUUCGUUCAAU